AUGUCACUUCGUUGCGAGCAGCAUCCGUUAGCUAACCUCAUUGAAGAUCAUCGUGCCGGAGACUUAAUAUGUCCCGAGUGCGGACUUGUUGUCGGCGACAGGAUCGUAGAUGUGGGAACAGAAUGGCGUUCGUUCAGCGGUGAAAAGUCAGGAGUUGAUCCUUCGCGUGUCGGUGCACCAGAAAAUCCACUCCUUGGAAGUUCGGAUUUGUCAACAUCCAUUGCAGUUCACUAUGGCAGCUCGGAUAGUGAUCAGAGGUGCAUUCUGCUCAUUUCUUGA